AUGAAGUUUGUAAUUAUCGCCGCCCUGGCUGCCGUGGCCAUCGCCGUCCCCCAAGGCUACGGUGCUCCUCCCCCGCCUCGCUAUGCAUCCAGCGAAGAAAUACCUAUUCUGAGAGACGACCGCAUAAUGGAGGACGACGGCAGGUACAACUUCGACGUAGAGACCGCUAACGGCAUCACUGUGUCGGAGUCCGGUGCUCCCGGCGUAAAGGGAGCCAUCAACAGCGCUGGCUAUUUCUCAUACACAGCUCCCGACGGCACUCCUGUUUACGUAAAAUUCGUCGCCAACGAGAACGGCUUCCAACCCGAGUCCGACCUCCUGCCCGUGGCCCCUGAGUUCCCCCACCCGAUCCCUCAGUUCGUCCUCGACCAGAUCGCCUUCGCCGCCCAGGAGGAUGCACGCAACGCAAGAAAGCCCUCAGCCACCUACGGCGCCCCACAAGUGUCAUCUACAACGGGUAUAUUAUUUCCCCCCAAGAUCCACCUCGCCGCACUGGUCGUCCUAUCCGCCUUCAUCCCUCAAGGAAAUGGCGAUUCUCCUCCACGCUACGGCUCCUACGAGCAGGUGCCCAUCCUCAAGGACGAGCGCGUGAUCGAGGACGACGGAAGGUACAACGUCGACGUGGAGACCGGCAACGGCAUCCUCUUGUCCGAGUCUGGUUCUCCCGGGAACAAGGGCGCCAUCGCCAGUGCAGGAGUCUUCUCAUACACCGCUCCUGACGGCACCCCCAUCAGUCUCAAAUUCGUGGCUGACGAGAACGGCUACCAGCCCCAGGGCGACCACCUGCCCGUGGCUCCCGCCUUCCCCCACCCGAUCCCCGACUUCGUCCUCAGGCAGAUCGAGUUCGCUGCUCAGGAGGACGCCCGCAGGCCACAGGAACCUUCCGGCAGAUAUGGUGCCCCUUAGAUACAAGAAAACAACACCCACAAAGCAAAUUAAGAACAAAGAAGAUGCUGGCAGAAAUAUACCAAACGAAUUAUUUAUUUGUAUCUAUCUUUAAGACUGUUGAAUAAGUUAUUCCAUAGUUAUA